GAAAGGUUUGACACUCACCCUCCCUCUCUGUCCCUCUGUUGCCCCAGCCAUGGAAGGACAGACCAGAGGGAGCAGAGGCCUUCUGGAGAAGCCUCUCUCUGUCACCCCCAAUCCCACUCUGUCCUCACUGGGUGCCGUGUUCAUCCUCCUGAAGUCCGCCCUGGGUGCCGGCCUGCUCAACUUCCCCUGGGCCUUCUAUAAGGCGGGAGGCCUGUUGCCCACCUUCCUGGUGGCACUGGUGUCUUUGCUCUUCCUGAUCAGCGGCCUGGUCAUCCUGGGCUACGCAGCCUCCAUCAGUGGCGAGAUCACCUACCAGGGCGUGGUCCGUGAACUGUGUGGGGCCGCCAUGGGGAAGCUGUGUGAGGCCUGUUUUCUGACCAACCUGAUCAUGAUCUCUGUGGCCUUCCUCAGGGUGAUCGGAGACCAGCUGGAGAAGUUGUGUGACUCUCUCCUGCCUGAUGUCCCACAACCCUGGUAUGCAGCCCAGGACGUCACUCUGCCCCUGAUCUCCGUGCUGGUCAUCUUUCCCCUGUCAGCACUUCGGGAAAUCGCCUUCCAGAAGUAUACCAGCAUCCUAGGUACCCUGGCUGCUUGCUACCUGGCACUGGUCAUCACAGUCCAGUACUACCUAUGGCCCCAGGGCCUCGUGCACCAGCCCCGUCCUUUGCUGAGCCCGUCCCCCUGGACCUCUGUGUUCAGCGUCUUCCCUACCAUCUGCUUCGGAUUCCAGUGUCACGAGGCCGCUGUCUCCAUCUACUGCAGCAUGCGGAACCAGAGCCUCUCCCACUGGGCCCUGGUUUCUGGGUUGUCCCUGUUGGCCUGCUGCCUUGUCUACGCACUGACAGGUGUUUUUGGCUUCCUGACCUUUGGGACUGAAGUCUCGGCUGAUAUCCUAAUGUCCUACCCAGGGAAUGACACAGCCAUCAUUGUAGCACGGAUUCUCUUUGCUGUCUCCAUUGUGACUGUCUACCCCAUUGUGCUGUUCCUGGGGAGGUCUGUGAUGCAGGACUUUUGGAAAAGGAGUUACUGGGCCACAUGGGGUCCUCCAGUGCUGGCUGACCCCUCAGGGCCAUGGGUUCGGCUGCCACUGACCUUCCUGUGGGUGUCAGUGACCCUUGCCAUGGCCUUGUUCCUGCCGGAUCUCAGUGAGAUCAUCAGCAUUAUUGGUGGCAUCAGCUCCUUCUUCAUCUUCAUCUUCCCCGGUUUGUGCCUCAUCUGUGCUGUCGAUACAGAGCCCAUGGGACCAAGAGUCAAACGCUGCCUGGAGGCCUGGGGCACCCUCUCCGUGCUGGUGGGCACUUUCAUCUUUGGCCAGUGCACAGCUGAGGCCAUGAUAGAACUGCUCUGAGAGACGUCUGGGCUCUUGCCUGAAGAUCCCUGUGGGCUCUUGAAUCAAAGAGGUGCAGGGGAAAUGGAUGGUCCUACCUGCUGGCUGCCUACUGAGGUCUGCUUCUCCUGUGGCUCCUGGGGCCCCAGUGAGGAAGGACCACUGUGACACACCGGUUGGUGACUCAGGACAAUAGGUACUCGUGCUACUGAAAACCGGAGUGUCAGCUGGAGUGUGGUGGGCCGUGCUCCCUCAGAAGGCUCUGGAACACCCUUUCUACUGUCCUCCUUUGGUGGUUGCAAGAGGUUCUUUGUGUUUCUGGCUUGGAGAUGUGUCCUUCAAGUCUCUAUAUUCAUGGUGACAUGAUCAGUACCUGCCCUGUGUGUCUCUGCCCAAGCUUCCCUUUCCCAAGCCGUCUGUCAACUACCAAGUCUGGACCCAUCUCAAGUUAACAAGCUAUGUCUCCUCUUAGUUACUAAAGAUGUGUGUCUUAGUUACUAUUCCAUUGCUGUGAAGAGACACACAACCAAGGUAAGUUACAGAAGAGUUCAUAGGGGCUUAUAUUUUCAGACAAUUAGAAUCCAUGUCCAUCAUAGCAGGCAGUCAUGGUGCUGGGGCAGCUGAGAGCUGACUUACAUCCUUGCCCACAAGCACGGGGCAGAGAGAGCACACUAGGAGUGGUGUGGGCUUUUGAAACCUCAAAGCCCACCCCCAGAGACAGAGCUCCUCCAACAAGGCCAUGCUUCCUAAUCCUUCCCAAACAGUUCCACCAACUUGGGACCAAGGAUUCAAACAUAUGAGCCUGUGGGGGCCAUUUUCAUUCAAACCAGUACAUUCUACUCCCUGACCCCACAGACUAGUAACCAUAUCAUAAUGCAAAAUGCAUUCAAUCCGAUGUCAAAAGUGCCCGGUGUUCAGCUGAAUGUUAUAUGAGGAUAUAACGAAAUCAUGACACAGGCAUGGAAAGAUCUGGUGUUGACAUUUCUCAAGAAGUAGAUUUAGAAUGUCAACAGAUGUGACAAGGAGCACAGGAAUGCCUGUGACCUUCCUGAAUCUCUAGAGAAUGGUAGAUGGUGUUCCCAUACCUCAGACAGUUUUCCAAAGACAAAUAGCACCAUUGUGCUUUAUGUAACCUUGAACGUGCUAGGCUGAAAGGCAGGUUUCUCUGCACCUGUAAAUGCAUUCUGUUAUCAAAGGAGCUGUAAUAAUGUGAGCCUCGCCAUGCAAGUUCUGCUCAACAUUUGGUUGCCCCGAGUCCCCUGGCUCCCACUUCAGUUCUUCCAGGCAAACUUCUCCCACCACGGUUUUUUCAGUCUCAACCUUUUCAAAGUCCAAAGUUUCUUUUGAGACUCAGGACAGUCUCUGUUACCAACCCCUGCAUAUUUACAGUAUACAAUGGCGCAGAAUAUGCAUUACUAUUCCAAAAGGGAGGUGUAGGAGCAGAGGGAGGAAAUAUGGACCAGGGGAAGAUCGGAAUCUGUCAGGGCAAACUCCAAAUCCUGUAACUUUAUGUCUGACAUCAAAGGGCUUAGAUAGUUCUGCCCUUCCGGCUUUGCCAGCUGAGACACACUCCUCUCUCUGGGGCUGUUCCACUCCCUGCAUGCUCUCCCUGGCAAACAUCCAUGACUCGGGCACCACCAACAUCUUGGGUCUCCGACACACUCCAGGCUUCCUCUUCACAGCUACAUGUGGUAGCCUCUCUGGGCUUCCAUGCAGAAACCCCACUGCCAUACACCUGGCCUCAGCGCCCUUUCCCAGAGGAUUCCACGACCCAUGUACUUACCCCUGUAUUCCUCAUGACUCUAAAGCCUGGACCACACAACUGAUGCUGCCAAGUUCUGCUGCCAGCUUGGAAUGGAGUCUGGCCGGCUCUGUGAAUUGCAUUUGCAUAAUCUUUGAUUUGUUGAUGCUUUUUGGAAGCAGAAAGCCCUUCAGGCCUCUUCCUUUCAUAAAUUGCAGUAUAUCCGAGUGGGACCUCACCACUUUCUUUCUUCCAUCCAUCCUUUCUCACAAAUCAUGGCUCCAACACUGAAUUUCCUGGUCCUCUUUUUCUCCUCAAACUAUAUGUUUUGUGUUUCUUUUUGUCCCUUUUGUACUUUUUCAUUGUAGAUCUGCAUAAGGGUGAUCACUAAUAACCAUGGAAUAGACUCGAUAUUGGGCUGUCUUGAAAUCUUCUCUGUCAAUAAAAUUAGUCUGAAACUCUUCAAUUUAGCCUCCAGCAUGUUCUUAGGACAAGGGCAAAAAUCAGCUAAAAUAUCCCAAGAGCGAUC